GUAGCACACAAGCAUCGGGCUCGCGAGUUGCUUGAUCGAGCUCUUCAAACAAGGAGAGAUCGCAAGGACACAGAGGCCAAUCACCAGCGUCGUCAACGGCAGCGUGCCGUGUUGGAGCAGCUCUGCAAUAAAUGCUUUUCCAAGGAGAUGCAAGACGAUCCUGGUCCAGGUGAGAGGUUUUGGAAGCGUCACGCAUUCUCGGCAAGAAGUCGGCAUCGUGUUGAGGACGGAGCGGACGCUGCACGUGGAGUCCGGUACAGCGGCAAGCAUGAGGUUCGGACAACUCGGCUUCAUCGAGAAGUCAUUGAUCGAGCUCCAGCACAUACCGAUGACUCAAUCAGAGCUGUCCUGCGUGGUGGGAGCGAGCUGGACACGUCUUCCACACAAGCUUCGAAACCGUUCAUCGAGAUCGAGGGCUCUGAAGGAGUUGCCGUGAACUUUGAUUGGAGCGAACCUUACGUCAUGGCAUACAACAGUGCCUCUGCAGGCAUUCAACGCCAGGACAAGUGGUGCAUGCAUGGUGAACUUUCCAGAAGUAUGCCGAUUGCGAAGGUGAGAACCAGACCUGGCCACGACGAGACAGAACUGAAAAUGAUGAACUCUGCUGCCGUCAUGGAGAGCCUGGCGGGAGGUGGUGUAGGCGUUGCCACCAAGAUCUUGAGCUUAGGGGAACGAGGUGCUCGCUGGGAUCACAUCAACCAGUUUGCGGCUAUGGCCCAGGCGACCGCUUUCGAGAUGCCCAAGGAGAUGGCUUUGGAGCUGGUCCAGUGCCUCGCAGAUGCCGCCGUCGAAGCAGAAGCGGAGCAAGCGGAGGCCCAGGCUGUUGAAAGCCUUCGCACCUGUGCGAUGUCCUUGCUGGCUUCUGCUGCUGCCAGAGCUCGCGAUGCAGACAGCUUGGACUUCCCUCUUUGUGGCCUCGAGAUGAUCGCCAAGACCGGUCUCGGCUGGAGUGCCUUCUCCAACAUGUUCUUGGUCGCCGUCUUCGUGCAGCUCCAGCGCUGCCACCAGGAGACUCAGCUCCAAAUGUCGCUUGAAGCCGCAGGUCGGGUCAGCAACGUUUUCGUUUGGGCGGCAGACUGUCAUGGAGACCUUGUCGGUAAACUUGCUCCGGCCGGCAGACGUGUUGCAGGGGCCGCACAUCGGACGCUGAGCAAAGUAAAUGGACAGGGCACUGAGGAUAGCAUGCUGGCCAAGCUAGUGCUGCUUGCCGCUGCCGUUGUCGCAGUCGCUCGAGCGGGAGCGGAGCAACCAUGGCAAUUCGUCUUGGCACCCGGCGAGGCGGUGGUGCUUGGGCGCGCCGCUGACUGCGAUGUGGUUCUCCAAUCCAGGGGAGUGUCAGGGCGACAUGCGGUCCUGCGGCACAGGCGAGUCAACGAGGACACGUCAGAGAUGUGUCUCGAGGAUACCUCCACGAACGGCACUGGUUUGGCCUCGGGCAGUGAGUGGCAGCCUGUGCGAAAAGGAGAUAGCAAGGCCUUGGGCCAAUAUUCGCAGAUUUUGCUUCCCUUCAACUGCAAGGUCCAUGACCAAGCAGUGGUUCUCACGGUUUCAAACUUCGGUCCGGGGCUUCCGGAUGCGUAUGAUUCCAGACAUAAGACCGGGCGGUGGAGAUAUCGGGGCAAACUCGGAGAAGGUGCUUUGGGCGUAGUUCACCAAGCCAUCGACAUUACGGGGAAGCUGAAGGGGGACGUGGCCAUCAAGGUCUGCAAGGUCACCAAAGGUGCCAAGCCGACGGCAAAGCUGCGAAGCGCCUUCAUCCUUCAUCGGGAAGCUCAGUGGUCAUUGCAAAGGCUCCACAACUCAAGCUACAAAGGGUUCUCAGAGAAGAAGGCAGCUCUCUUCGCUCGAUACCUCGAGGACCAUACCGGCCGAUGGAGCCGCGAUAUGGACUUCGAUGCCGAGCGUGCGACCUUCGAAGCACCGGAGUUCCGCUGGGACAAGUUCAGGCCUCCAGAGACACUGCCGCCACAUCCUUAUGUGGCUAUGGAGUUUGUCCCUGGCAGAACACUUCACGCAGCCUUGGGCUGGAGUCGAGAUCAGCCCGUUCGCAGGGAAGCGCUCCUGAGUCAAGAGGAGAAGCAGAUUGUGGUUCGACAAGCUGCAGAGGCAUUGGUUUAUUUGGUAGACAUGGGACUGAUACACCGCGACUUUCGGACCACGAAUCUUAUGGUUUCCGAGAGGAAAGCUGGCAUUCGCAUCCACGUGAUCGACCUGGGCCACACGAUUUUGGCGGAGUCUAAUCAAAGUCGCAACAAGAGUGCAGUUGUCAGGUGCAAUUGGAAAGAAGAAGAGAAGAAGCGAUUCGAUUGGGCUCCACCGGAAGUCAAGGCUAAGGAAAACUUCGUGAACUUUGCAUAUCCGACACAUUCAUUUGAUGUGUAUUCAUUUGGAGUGUUGGCUGUUCAGUUGCAGACUUCUGGCAUGCAGGCGGCGCGGCUUGCUGUCAGUCGGCUGAUGGGUUUGGAGGCGGGCGACCGCCUCUCGGGAGCUCUCGGCCUCAGUCAGGAGCUGCUUUCGCGGAUGCUCGGCGACGCUUCGAAGCGCCCAAAUGCCGAGCAGAUCGUGGAGCACCUGCGCGGCAAAGAGCCAGAAGUUGUGAAGCCGAAGGUCCCUGAACAGGUCAAUGGCUCUCGGCACGACGUCCAUGUCUCAGCUGCUACGUUGGUUGAAGACAAGAAGCAGGAUGGGGCAGCAAACGGCAAACUGGAUGCCAAAGUCGCAAGCGACAACGGUAUCGAUGUCCAUGAUGUCCACGAGGAUCAUCCGCCAAAGGAAGAAGGUGCGGAGAAGGCAAGAAGGCAGCAAGGAGGUGUUGUGGAUGAUGCGGACAUCGAGGAAGUUGUCGAAGGUGAAAUGGCUGAUGACAACGACUCCAACUCAUCUGCCGAAGGCAAGAGGGAGACGAAGGAGACGCUCAGAGCCCAAGCUUUGCAAGUUCCUCACGCUGUUCCCGCCGUCAGCCCGGAGCAGAAGGCGGAGACUGCCGAGCCAAGCCUCAAGCGACAGGCGGACAAUCACGCCGACGAGCCUGCAAAGAAGCGCCGGGAGAAGAAGAGCAAGGAUUCUCAAACAGCACAGAGCGAACCAGACAAGACGUCAGACAAGAUAAUAGGCAAAGAGCGUUUGGAGACGCAAGCAUCUCCGCAAGGUCAAAGUGCAGAGGCUGACAACCGAUCCAUGGGUCCGGUUGGAAUUGCCGCUGGGCGUGCAGAGUCUGCUGGGGAAUCGAAACGCCAGCUCGAUCCAAAGAUGCAGCCGUCCCCGCAGCGAGCAGAUGCAAAGCGGAGAAAGCAGGACAGUUCGGAGCACGACCAAAAGGCGGCUGAGCUUGCGGCGAAGGCACAAGAUCUUCGAGAUGCGAAGAGAGAAAGGAUCCAAGAGCAAAUCCUUUUGAGGCAGUUGGGAGCUGGCGAGAGACGCCCCAGAGAGAAUCCCUCCCCCGAUGCAAAGAACAAGCCGCAACCCACUUCGGGAGCUGCUGUGGAGGAUGGCGCGAGCUCGCGUGUUGCUGCUCCCAUGCAGGAACCGAGGCGAAUCGCUUUUGAAGUCAAGAAUCACCAGGAAGCCAAGAAGGCAGACCGCACGAGUUCCGUUGCCACGGAACAGAAUGCAGCCAACGCAGUCGACGCCGUCAGCGUGCAGAAGCAAAUUGGUGGAGAGCCGGAGCUGCUUGGCGAACCCGUCCUCGAAGUGGCCCAGGAGGAGCCCCGAGUAGCGGCACCAGAGCCAGUCGGCAAAAAGCCCGACAUCAAGAGCCAGGUGUCGGAUAACCACCAGCAGCUUCAAUCACAAAUGACAGCAAUGUAUGCCUGGAUGCAGCAGCAGAUGAGCGUCCUGGACAACCAAGCGCCGAAGGCCGAAGAAGACUACCUCCGAACCUAUGCCCUUGCCUUGCAGACGCAAGCGCAGACGGCGAAUCUGGUCCAAAACGAAGCCUUAUCUGAUCCCCUUGGCUGGGCGGGGCAAAUUCUGAGCAACCCGUUCUUGCUGCAAGCCGCGCCGGCGCCGACACCUUGCAAAGCCUUUCCAGGCGCACCUCUACCCUCACACCUGCAAACACUGCCCACACCCGCCACAUGCGCCACAUCACUUCCAGUUCCCGCCGUUCCCACCUCGUUGCCAGUGCCAAUCGCGGUGGCACCGGUGCGGCAGGCGCCUUCAAUCCCAGUGCCACCCAAGGCCCCCCAAGUUAUUAUGCCGAAGCCAGGCUUUGCAGCAACACCACCAGCUUCCGCUCAUUUAAAAAAGGCAGCCUUGUUAGCUCAAAUCCCCUGCAAAUCCGGAGAUUCGGCAAGAGCUGCUAUGCUGGCGCAGAUACCCUGCAAAAGUAGGGGUCCAUUUGCGCCCUCACACUGA